AUGGCAGAAACGGUCCAUGGAAAGCCCUUUGGUAUCCCAGUAAAGGAAUUUACUAAGGAGACGAUGGAGAAGCUCCUUGCUGGAGACGACCAGAUUCCAGUGGGUCUGUCGAAUAUUGCCUUUAAUAGCUGGGAACAGCAGCGUCAACAGGCCUUUCGGGGAGUGGUUGAUAUGAUGCGAAAAGGCGGAUUUUAA